UUUCCCCAAUCUCUGCUUCUUACGAUCUGCCGAAAGUGAAAAUGGCGAAACAAAGCAAAUCAAGAAGAGCUGAAAACAUAGGCAAAGGCAAAGUUACUCCAGUCCAAAUUGCUUUCAUCGUCGACCGUUACCUUUCUGAUAACCAUUUCACUGAAACCCGCUCCACUUUUCGCUCCGAAGCUUCACAUCUACUCUCUAAAUCUCCCAUCCAUGAGGCGCCGAGGAGUUUAUUGAGUUUAGGAGCAAUGUUGGAUGAGUACAUAAGAUUGAAAGAGCAGAAAGUGUUUUUAGAGCAAGAGAAAAUGCAGGUUCAGAAUUUGCUUAGGGGGAUGCAAGGUGUUAUGAACAUUUAUAAUGCAAGUGCAAAUGUGACACCACCUCCCUCAAUUCCUGCUUCUUCAAUGCCCAAAUCAGCAGGUUAUUGUUCUGGUUCAGCUCUUAUGUCAGCAUCAAUGCCUUCCAACACUGCCGUAGAUACCAUGAAAUUUUCUUCUCCAAAUUCCAUCCCAACAACUUCAAAAAGAAAAGGGUCCAAGGAUGUUUCAUAUGCUUCCACAGCUGCCAAGAAAUCUCGUACUCGGUCGCCCACCAAUCAGUACAACAAUGUUAUGAGGAGCUCUGUAGUUCAGUUAUCAGAUCCCAUUGAUGAACCAAACAAGUCACAAGUCCAAGGAUCUAACAUUGACAAGUAUUUGUUCAACCACCCCAUUCAGUCCCUUGUAACUAAUUCUGCUGGUCCUAAGACACCUCCAAUAGAAUCUUCAUCCCAAAUUGAUAAAACUAUCUCUCCACCAGAUAUUUGUUCAACAGCAACUUUCAGCAAAGAAGCUACUCCCUCUCAUCUAAUGUCGACUAACCGCAUGGUCAUCUCUUCAGAGACAAUUCAAGUGACCCCCACCAAACAAAUAGCAUACUAUUCCAUAGAAAGAAAUCACUGUGUUUCGAAUUCUUCACCAGUUAAAGCAAACCUGAAGAGGCCUGUGAAGAGAGAUCAAGUAAAAGGUAGGUUGGAUUUUGAUGCCUCAGAUAUUCCAAGUUGUUCAGAGAUGCCACAAAUUCCUGACAUGAUUUCGACAUCUGAGUCUGAGAAGGAAGGAGAUAUUUUUGACUUGGAUUUUCCUAACUUAGAUGCUCUGGGUGCAAAUUUUAGUUUUUCUGAACUGCUGCGUGAUUUUGACAUUGAUGAACAAGGGAUUGAUUAUUCUUGCCUGGACAAACUGGACUUUUCUCCAGAUUCAUUUUCAGGGUCACCAUAUGAGUCUGGAAAUGUCAAAAAUGAUGAAAACCAAGUUACAUCACAGAUUUCAUCGACAGUUACUGAAGUCUUUUCGGAGAAAGAUACAAGUUUGCUAGGUUCAGAUACUGUGAAAACCGUGAAAUCUGUUACCAAGCGUGUCCAGCUUGUAAGUCCUGUUAAGAGUAACAGAAGCUCGAGAAAUUAGAACUCGUGUGCAAGAAAUUGACUAAAUUCUUUGACAGAUGGAUAGGGAAGCUGACAUGCUAGA